CAGUGAGACGCCCACCAGCCGACGGGCUACAGUGUAGCGCACUCGAAAAGCGGUAAAGAAGCAAAUUAAAAGCUCGCACCUGGAGUGGGGAGCGGGUAUCGCAAAUAGUUACUUUUCUCCGCGGAGCUCUCAGUCAGUCGAAUCGUGCGCUUCGUCAAUGAACGUAACCCCAUCGAGAACGCCGGAGCGAUGCAUUAGAUCAUAGUUGGUGACACUACCACCUGACGGUCGAGAGCGGGAUCGCGAUACAGCUGGGCGUGCGAGGUAUCGCGGGGCGGGCAGGAAGUGGAACUUCCCCCGUAAAGGCAGUGAUUUGAGAUAUUUAGAUACCCCCCGGACGGGUGUGUGUGCAUGUGACUCAGAACAAACAGAACGCUCGAAAUGCAAAACAUGUGGAUCAUUUUCCUGAUCAUCGGGCUGCUGGUGCUCGGGCUGCUGGUUCUGGUAAUUAUAGCGGCGCGGUAUCAGCGCGAUUAUUGGCGCUACCUGAACAUUCCGCACGAGAGGCCCAAAAAGCUGUGGCCUAUCAUUAGGCAAAUAAUGACGCAGACCCUCAGUACGGAGGCCAUGAAGGCGGCGCAUUACUCGGCCAUAUACAACAAGUUCAAGGGAAGCGGUCCGUUCUGCGGGUUCUACGCUCUGCUGCAGCCACGAGCCCUGAUCCUCGACCGGGAGCUCAUCAGGCAGAUAAUGAUCAAGGACUUCUGGAACUUCAAUGAUCGCGGCUUGUACUGCAACCAGAAGUCGGAUCCCCUGUCCGGCGAUCUCUAUGCCCUGCGGGGCGAGAGCUGGAAGGAGAUGCGUCAGAAACUGGAUCCCAGUCUGGAGGGCGAUCGCAUGGCCUGGUUGUUCGGCUGCCUCUAUGAGGAGGCGGCACAGCUGCUACUGACCAUCAGCUCCACCCUGAUGAAUCAGCCGCACUCCACUGUGCACAUACAGAAGAUCAUGAGGCGCUACGUGCUGUCUGCCCUGGCCAAGUGCGUCUUCGGCCUGGAUGCCCAGCAGCGGUUGUCGUAUCCCCUGGACGACUUCGAGCAGAUGACCGAGCUGGCCUUGAGUAGCCACAAGCAUGGCUACCUAAUGAACCUGAUGAUGAUACGGUUCCCCAACUUUUGCCGAAUGCUGCGCAUGCGUCGCACGCCCAAGGAGGCGGAGGAAUAUUUUCUAAAACUCCUCUCGAACAUAGUGGAACAGCGAGAGGCCUCGGGAGUUCGGCAUCAGGACUAUCUGCAGCUGCUGAUGGAGGUCAAGGCGCUGGAGCUGAUCACCCAUCAGUACGAAUCGGAUAAGGAGUUGGGGGUGCACCUGCAAAAUGAAUUGGCCGCCCAUGCGGUGGUCUUCCUGAAGGCCGGCUACGAGCAAACGGCCAACACUCUGUCUUAUGUUCUCUAUGAACUCGCUCUGCAUCCGGAACUGCAAGUCCGAGUGAGGGAGGAGGUCAAGAAGGCCAUUGAGCGGCACGAGGGUAACAUCAACUACGAGUGCAUUCAGUCGCUGGCCUUCAUGGGUCAGGUGAUCAACGAGACUCUGAGAAUGCAUCCCAUAACACCCUACAUCCUGCGACGCACCCUGAAUGAUUACGCAGUUCCGGAUCAUCCCAAGUACAUACUGGUCAAGGAGCUGUUCCUUAUCAUUCCCACGCAUGCCAUCCACCACGACCCGGAUAUCUAUCCGGAACCGGAGGAAUUCAAGCCAGAUCGAUGGGGUGGACCGAGGGAUUCGCUGCAGGAGCAGGGCACCUGGUUUGGAUUCGGCGUCGGAGCACGCAGCUGCUUGGGGAUUCAGUUUGCCCAGCUCCAACUGCGAUUGGCCCUGGCUCUACUCCUCUCCGAGUACGAGUUCUCGCUGAACUCCAGGAAACCUCUGGUAAACCUUGAAGAUGGUAUUGCGCUUACCCUGAUGCCAUUGGGGGUUAUAGAACACGGUACCGAGGAAAGGGCGGUAUGAGUUGGGGUACUACAAACACAAGGUCAUUGACAUGAGCUAAAUCUCUGGGAUAGUAAAGGUAGUGAAUAUAAAUUUACAAUCUUCUUCAAUCUUCAUAAAAACAACGUUAUACAACUUUGCUUUCCCAAAAUAAUCCACCUACAGUGUUAAAUUCAAAACUUUCCGCUUUGUUCUUUAUAAGAAAACUCAUUUCCGAUAAAAACGUGUAGAGGACCGACCAAGAGAUUAAGCUUAUGUCAGUAUCUAAAUCUCCAGCUUUAACUUAAUGACGAAGAAUUUACUCCAUGAACAAAGUCUAGAAAGCAAUAUAAAACUCAGCGUGGUAACUAACCAAAUAAAAUAUGAAACUAAAGGUCGGGUGACCUAAUAGACAAAGUCAAGUUUAGUCUAGUUAUGUUUAAAGACGUUUUCUCUAUUUAAGAUUUAUUUAUUUCGAAAAAACAUUUCUUUUAAAAUAGCUUGUUUAAUUUCUAUUAAAUACACAUUGUCCUCCUAGGGACGAACCUUUUCGAUUUGUUAAAAUAAUUCUAGAUUUGAUUCAUUGUUUGUUAUUUGCGGUUAGUAUAUAUCGUUUGUUGCAUUGUCGAUUGCUUGAUAUGGUUGGUUGGUUUGUCGGCUACUUAAGGAUCGGUAGCUCAGGCCUGUGCAGUACUUAGUUGCAAGAGUCGAUCGUUUGUGUCAGAUAUACAUUGUAAAGGGUCUGCUGCUUUCGUGGAUUAAUCAAGAUCGUAACUAGAGUUAAACUACACAUUAGCACUAAAAUUAGGUUUACAAAUAAAUAAAACGUAUGACAAACGAA